AUGAAGUCCGUCAUUGCUUCCUUCGCUGUCGCCGUCCUCGCUGGACUGGUUGAUGCGAAAGCCUCAUUCACCAACACCGAAUUCGAUAUUGUGGCUGGUCAAUCUUACACCCUGAAGUGGGAGGGUGGUGCGGGUCCUUACACGAUCAACCUGAAGGAUGGCCCUUCGAACAACCUCGAGACCGUCGAGACCCUUAUCUCGAGCACCACCGCCGAUUCGGCUACCAUCACUUUGCCCAGCACUCUCACCAGCGGCACCUACGCUUUUGAGAUCAUUGACAUUUCGGACAAUGAGCCCAACUACAGCGUUCAAUUCCCUUUCCUCGGAUCUGCCGCUAGCUCGACUAUCACCACCUCUGCCACAGCCAGCAGCACUAAGGUCUCCAGCUCUUCGGCUACUUCGACUUCGACUUUGACCAGCGCAAGCACCACCGCGUCUUCCAGCUCGGCUUCCAGCUCUGCCAGCACCACCGGCUCGGCUUCCACCACUGUCUCUACAUCUACUACUUCAAGCAGCUCUACUCGCACGUCUUCGUCUGCCUCCGCUUCCACCACUGCUGCUAGCGUCAACGGUGCUGGAAAGGCUGCUUUCGCACCUCUUGCCCUCGUGGCCGGUGUUGUCUUAGCCGCUCUGUAA